GUAUGUAAAGAGACUCACAGUCAGCUUUGUGCAGCUCGUGACAAAUCAAAAGCAGACGCUGAAAAAUGUCUUUUGAAGCAGGAAUUAGAGCAGUACAAAAUUGAUCACAAUAUUCAGAUAAAAAACAGGAGAAUGGCUGAUGAAAAUCUGGCCCAUAAACGACGAACGUGGGGUGGUCUACGAGAAGAUGGAGAAUUUGAACCUGUUCAAAUGCCAGAUAUCACUGUUAGCCAAGAAGUUCAAACAACGAGUGCAGAGCAGAGGCUCGAGCCCGGCAAAAAAUCAAAUGAUGGUUGCGAGACCACCGUGUAA